AUGACCGUCUCACCGCCAGCGUCACCGACGGGUCCCGCCCCGCGGCCCAUCAGCGCGCUGAUGCGCACGCCGCGCAGCAACAGUCGCAUGAGCAUGAGCAGUCGGCAUGGCGGAAGUCGCGCGUCCGACGAGGAUGGCAAGACCGCAGUCAAAGUUGCUGUCCGAGUGCGACCACCUCUAAAGCCCACCGACCCCGGAUACGAGUUGAUUCCCCAGCGAUUCCAACGGUCCAUGGUUCACGUUACGAGCCCAACCAGCGUUGCGGUCGAUGUCCCCCAAGGUCGCAAAUUGUUUGUGUUCGAUCGCGUCUUCCCCGAGACGGUGGAGCAGGAUGGUGUUUGGGAAUAUUUAAACGACAGUGUCAACUCGUUCAUUCAGGGGUACAACGUUUCCAUAUUGGCGUACGGCCAGUCUGGUGCUGGAAAAUCAUAUACGAUGGGCACAUCCGGACCCGCUGAGCAGGAGAAUUCUAGCGCGAUGGGUAUCAUUCCUCGGGCUGCGCAGGCUUUAUUUGAAAAGCUUGAUGGGCCAAAACAUGCCCGCAAUGGCUCCAGUUCGACCGGUCUCCGAACGCCGCAACGAUAUUCCAUGAGCUCGGCCUCGAGUCUCUCGAGGGCACCGGUGGAAAAGAACUGGCAAUUGAAGGCCACCUACGUUGAGAUCUACAACGAACAUCUUCGCGACUUGCUUCUUCCCGACUCGGUUUCCGCCGGGGACCGCGGCUCUGUCACCAUCCGCGAGGACGCCAAGGGCCGUAUUCUUCUAACCGGCCUGCACCAGGUCAACAUCAAUUCAUUCGAAGACCUCAUUGGAGCUCUAAACUUUGGCUCGACGAUUCGCCAGACCGAUUCAACCGCGAUUAACGCCAAAUCUUCUCGUUCGCAUGCCGUAUUCAGUCUGAAUCUCAUCCAGCGCAAAACUUCGACGCAAACGAUGUCCCCCAAGGAAAAGCGCAUGUCGAUGCCGGUGGAUUCUUACUCCAGUGGCGAGUCCGUCACUGUCGACAGCAAGCUUCACUUUGUGGACUUGGCAGGUAGUGAACGUCUUAAGAACACGGGUGCUUCAGGCGAACGGGCCAAGGAGGGUAUCUCUAUCAAUGCCGGUCUGGCUGCCCUCGGCAAGGUCAUCUCGCAACUUUCUUCUCGCCAAUCCGGCUCUCACGUUUCCUAUCGUGACUCAAAACUCACCCGUCUUCUGCAAGAUUCCUUGGGCGGCAAUGCAAUUACAUACAUGAUUGCCUGCGUCACUCCUGCUGAAUUCCACCUCAGUGAGACCCUCAACACUAUCCAGUACGCGCAACGUGCACGAGCAAUUCAGAGCAAGCCUCGCAUUCAGCAGGUCGCCGACGAUGGCGACAAGCAGGCUUUGAUCGAUCGCCUCAAGGCGGAGGUUGCCUUCCUCCGCCAGCAGAUUCGCAACGCCGAGGGCUCUGACCGCCGGGAAGCAGCCUCCACGGAACGGAACGACCGCAAGAAUGAGCGCGAAAUUCAGCUACAGAACCAGCUGCUUGAUGCCCAGGAGAGCUACAACGCCCUCAGUCAGCGCCACACUAAGCUGAUUUCCCAACUGGCCAAUGAGUCGGCCACCAAUGGAGAGUCCGAGGGACACCCGGAUGACUUGGGCAAGAGUUCGAUUGAAAGAAUCCAGCGGUCUAAAUCAUUUGCCGAAUCUGUGGAGCAGGUCGUUGUCGAGUACGAAAAGACCAUUCAGGCCUUGGAGUCGUCUCUGUCUGAUACUCGUGCUUCCUUGGCUACUUCGGAAAGCACCCUGCUAGAGCGUGAGACCAAGUGCACCUAUGUCGAGACGGUGAACUCGCAGCUUCAAUCGCGCCUGCAGAAGCUGCUAGACCGCGAGGCCAGCACUGAAACGUACCUUCACGAGCUAGAGUCCAAGCUGGACGGUGCUUCUACCGGAGAGGAGAAGCACGCUACCAUUGUUGCUGAGCUGCGCAAGGAGCUCAGCCGUGCUCGUGAGAAUGAAGUAGGCUGCGAGGAAUACAUCUCUACCUUGGAAGACCGCCUCGCCGAAGCUGAUCAGGACAUGGAGCUGAUGCAGCGUGAGGUGAUCCGACUGGAGCAUGUUAUUCAGCGCCAGCGUGGCCUGGGAGCCCUAGACAGCCUACUUUAUGACCUCGACACCCGCCGCCAGCAACAGAACGGCGAUGAGGAGCCGCACGUCAACGGCACCGACCCUUCCCACAUUCCCGCGCCCGUAAAGACGUCCCAUCACAAGCACACUCCAUCCUUGGAUGUUCUGAACGAGGCUGCCGAAACGGCCAUCCCCGAAUCUGACGAGGGCCUGGCUGAGCCAAUCCCUGAAGAGGAAGAAGAAGAGCCUGCCAGGGAGGUCGAAGUGGCCACAGAGGAACCAGGCGAGGAUCUCAAGGUGCUUGAGAAUGUGACUAGCCAGCUUCAGGCCCGUCGCGCUGAAGCUGUCUGUGAAGAGCCGGUUGCCAGCCCCGCGCAGUCCAAGUUUGUCGUCGACAAGCUUGAGACUGUCACUCAGGAGCUUUUCGAGCUUCGUCUCAGCCAUGAGAACACUCUAAGUGACUAUGAGAUGCUCGAGGCCAAGUACGAGGAGGCCCUGAAGGCGCUCGCUGGACUCCAACAGGAUAAGAUUGAUGAGGCUCGUCACCCAGCCCCCGCAGUUCAGAACGGACCUUCGCGCCCCAUCUCUUUUUUAGAGGAUGCAACCGUUCCGACCUCGAAGUCUGGAGCACAACACUCAUUCUCGCAAUCACUCUCCUCGGAAUUGUCCUCGGCCGGGGAGUCGCCUGCUUUGCGCGAGCUUUCUGAGUCCAGGCACGACACUGCUUCCACACCUGCCACCCCCAUCGCCUCUUCUGUCAUCGCUGCUGCGGAUGCUGAAGAAGCCGAGAAGAUGCGCAAGGUGCUUGCUGAUCAUCAGGCUGACGCCGACCGGAUGACCCAGAAGUACGCCGAGCUCCAGACCGAGCACGAGGAGAUCCUCACCCUGGUCGAGAAGUUGAAGGCUGAGGCCGAGGCUCAUCGCCACAAGUCCAGCCCUCCUUCCACUCCUGGCUUCAAGAUGAUCCGUCGGAUGACCAGCCAAAACCUUCUGUCUGGUGUCGACCGUGCUCACCGGUCACUCACCGCGCUCCGGACCAUCGCCAGUGAAGAGCUUUCUAGCAAGCCCGAAGUCUACCAACACUUCGAGGCCAAUCUGGAUGCCACUAUGCACGAGCUUUCUACUCGCAUGGAUCGUCUGCAGUCCCUGGAAGCUGAGAACCAAAGCGUUAAGAAGGAGAUGGAGAUGAAGGCUACUAUCAUUUCCGGUCUCACCCGAGAGCGAUCCAGCUUGCAGGGUGCUUCGUCUGUCGACAUGGCACUUGUUACCCAGCUCCGUGACCAAGUCGUGAACCAGGAGAACCAGAUCCAGGAGCUCCGCGUCGCCCAUGAAGCCCGUGAGAAGCAGCUGUUGGCCGAGAUCGAGAACCUGAACGCUCUUUUGAAGAGCCAGGAGGUCGCGGCCAAGGCCUUGGACGCUGGUGCCGAGGAGCAGGACAAGAAGAUUGAUGCCCUUGAGGGUGAACUGUCGGAGUGGAAGGGCAAGCACCAAUCUGCACUGGAAUCUCUACAGGCUUCAGAGCAGCAGCUUGCCACUACUCUGGCAGAGCUGGAGUCUUCUCUGGUCGCCGUCGAGGCGAUGCGCUCGGAGCGUUCUAGUUCCAACGAAGCAUCUGCUGACAAGGAGGCUGCCGCACAGGCCCUUGAAGCCGAACGCGCGAAGCAGCAGGAACUAGUGGAUAGUCUCAAGAAGGAUAUCGAGGACCACAAGACUACUAUUUCCACCCAUGUCGAUACGAUCGCUACCCUGGAGAACUCCCACACAGAUCUUCAGAGGCAACUUCUUGCACAGUCAUCUGCUACCGAUAUCAACAAUGCACCGGUCGAUACCGCCCGCAUCGCUGAGCUCGAGCAGGAGAUCUCCACGCACAGAUCCGCCAUCGACUCCCACAAGAGUGACCUGGACUCGCUUCAGGAAUCUCACAAGCGUGAACUUGCUGAGCUUGAGGAACGUACCCGGGCCGCAGGGCAAGCCGAGCAAGACUCUCGCCUUGCUGAAAAGGACGGCGAGCAUGACAAGGCGAUGGCAGCUCUGCAGAAGGAAAUUACUGAUUCCCGUGAUGAGCUGGUACACUUGCUCAAAUCCGUCUCGUCGCUCCUCAACUCCGAUGUCACCAGCGCAACGCUCGGAGACCAAAUCCAAGACGUUUUGGCUCAGAAGCAGCACUUCUCUGAGAAGUACUCUGAACUCAUGGAUGCCAAUGAGGAUCUGCGUAAGCAGCUUGAGGCUGCCGGCGACAUUGAAGAAUUGAACAAGAAGAAUGCCACCCAGGAGGCCAAGGUUAAUGAGCUGGCUCUCUUGGUUGCCACCCUGGAGGACACUCUUCGCCAGAAGGAUGAGCAGGUUAAGAAGAAGGAGGCUCUUGUUGAGGAGAUCACCGUGGAGAAGCAGAAGAGUGUGCGCCUGGUUGAGGAGCUUGAGGAGCAGAUCACCAACAGCUUCGACCAGCACCACAACCGUCUUUCUGUCAUCCAGCAGGAGCGUGACCAGGCUCUUGAGGACGCCAAGGCUAGGAUCGUCAUUCUCGAAAGGGAUAUCGAGACCUACCGCGUGCGUAUCGAGCAGCUUGAGCUUCAACUCAAGAACGGAACAUCCGAUGGUUCCCACGACCGCAGCAGCUCCCUCACUUCUAACCUGCGCAAGAGCACAUCGGCAGCUUCUUUGCCCUCGCCUCCUCCCGCCAUUCCUCUCCCUCCUCUUCCAUCCAUCGCUUCUGCCACCAACGGCACUGGUAGCGUGUCCCCGCCUAGCUCGCGCCAUGCCAGCAAGGAGCUGGUGAAUGCACAGAUCGUCGAGGACCAGGAAGCCCGCAUCCGUACAAUCGAGAAGCACCUGUAUGCCGAGAAACAGUUGACUGCCACCCUCGAAGAAGCCCUUGGCGACCUCGAGGCCCAGAGCAAUAAGGUCAAGAACGACUGCGAGAACUGGAAGAAGAAGGCCUGGGGACUCGAGGAUGAGCUGUCAACUCUCCGCAAGGAGCGCAACUCCGCCCGCCUGUCUCUCCAGGCUGUCGAGGAGGAGCGCAGUGCCCGCAAGGAAGCCGAGGCUGCUCGGGCCCAGCUGGAGGAGCGCAUGAAUGCGCUCAACAAGAAAAAGAAGAAGAGCACCCUCAACUGCUUCUAA